AUGGAGGGAAAGAACAAUGACCGCUUUGAAACCCAUCCCACCUCUCAAACAUUGCGAUGGUACCUUCUAGCAAAUUCCCAAAAAUUCUAUGUUUUGGAGCUGAUGGCUGCAUUGAUUCUUCUUGCCUUGGGACUCACUGAAAAACCACCAGCACUAAAAGCUAAUAAUUUGAGUGUUCCAGUCGAGGUAAGUGUACACUCAGCUCAGGCAGAGGUGUUAUGGGAGUGGGGGGAGAGGGGGGGGUUGAAAGGGAAAGUUAUACAACAUAUGGCUUUACAAAGUAUGAAUAAAGGGAGUAACUUUCGAACUUUUGCUUGGGGCUUGGAAACUAGACAGACUUUGAACUUGACAUGAUAACCCAAUAUCUGCCACAGAUAUUGAGUUAUCGUAUCAACUUCACAUGCUAUUGUAUACUGAAUGUAUGCUCAUAGUUCUCCUAGGGUUAGCCUAACCCUAAGCAAGUCUAAUGUAUAAUAAUGUCCAUUGGCCACCAUAAAGAGUUUCUAAAGCUGAUAUUUCCAGCGCUAGCCCUUCAUCAGAGCAAAAGUGUGAUCCUGAUUUAGAAAAUGACAAUGAGAAGAUGCAAAAAUGAAUAUUUUACUAAGCCAAUUUUAUACUGGGAAAGUGUCUCCCAAUUUGAGGGUCACUGUGGCUCUCCUACCUUCCCCACCUACUCUCCUUUACAGCUGCAGAUUACACUUGUGAUUAUAAUGCAGUUGUAUUUUUGGGUAAAUGCAAAAUAAUUAACCUCUAAGUUGUGUUUUAACAUGAUGUCCUUAAGCAUAGAGAGAUUGAUUCUAUAAGUAGUCAAGAAGUAAAUCCUUCAGUAUCAACCAAUGAUUGAAAUAGCAGUUUUACUGAAUAAUUUAGAGGGCUUACUAUUUAAUAUGGGUAAUUGAUAUAUAAGAUUAAUAAUUUGAUAUUGUAAAUUACAAUAAUGAAUUCAAUAUUGUUUACCAGGUUCAUGCAGCCGUGGAGAUUCUCUCACUGAUGAUUGUCCUUGCUGGACGUGCUGUAAAACUGAAAUGGCAGGGAACAAAGCUUUUCUUCUCCCAUAAGAGAACGCUUUUCACGGUACAUUACAGUGCUACUUUGGUUGUAACAUGCAUUAAUUUUCCGUCACAAAGGGUUGAUAGAGGGCUUUUCAAGUGAAAGUAUAAAAAAACAAAGCCAAAUUAAUUACAGCGACAACCAGAAAAAUGAAAAAGAAAUUACCAGAAGCUGAUUAGGACUUGAAUUAAAAACAACCAGAAUGCUCAGAGGAUGGAACUAAAUGUGCACAAGCUAUCACACUGCAAUUGGUUGAAGUUUUACAUCUAAUUCGUUGAGAAGGUAGUAAAACUUUUAUGGACCAAUCGCCAAGUGAGUGAUUGUAAUCUUGGAUUGUUCUCAACACUUGAUUGAAAUUUCUCUAUCUGGACAAACUGGGUGUGGAUGUUUUAGUAAGAUAAUUAGCAUCAUUAUUAUAAUUGUAAUUGGAAAGGAAGUGAGACUCAGAGGGAGUACUUAGUUUGAUAAAAAUGACAGGGAUUCUUACUAUCUAGAACCUCUUAAGUGCCACUCUCGCUAAGAGCGGUCCUCUCGACUUUACUGUUCUGGUGUUUAGAACAUACCGCUAACUGUUUUAUUUUUUCCACAUCAGGGCUGAAAUACCCAAAGCCACUCCAAUCUUUGCUUUCCGUGAAUCAAGUAAACAUUUAAACGAUAAAAUUCUCAUUAAAAUGUAACAUUCUUCAGUCCAUUUGAAUAACUUUCGAUUCCAAUUCGUUACAUUAACUAAUUUUGGUUCCAACUCGUAGAACCUGCGAAACAGGUCGUAUGACAAAGAGAAAAGUUUGCACACUCACGUCACGCAAUACAUCAAGCUGGGUUUGUCCAGUUGAUUUUGAUGGUCGCAAGGAAAUGUCGAGUAUGUCGCUCAAAUCCGUUGUGGUCCAUAAGAGCGUAACAUCAUUAAUGACGGAAACAAGUUUGCAGAAAGAGGGUUAGUUCAUCGGGUUCCGUAUACUAAAUCUCGGGAGAAACUGCAAGAAUUGUUUCGGAGUGUAUGCGUGUUGUUUUGUAAAUAUAAACUCUUCAACCUAUUUUAACUUGUUUUUGUGUCCUUUUAAGCAACGCGAUAUGUCUGUUAUGACCAGAGUGCCAAAUUGGCUAAACUUCAGAAUACCCCGCAACUUUGGUCCGCCUCACUUACAUGUGUCGGGAGGCUUUGAAGAUCGAGGCAUAACACAAUAGACGCUAUUCUUAUUCAAUGACAUGUAAAUGAGUUGCGGGGUAUUCUGAAGUUGCUCCGCCAAAUUUCAUUCUUUAAUUUUGAUCUUCUCCACACUGCAUAGUUCAUGACCUGAUAUUUCAACGUAAAUUAUGGAGAAGGCGCCUUCCGAUCACCUUUGUCUACUUUGAAAGUCACGCAAGCGCGUAAGCGUUACGACCGAUCACGUUUACGCAAUGUUUUAGGACAACUCGGCAUCUAAUCUCCAUUCAGUUGCUGUGAAAACCUAAAAUCCUCAACGUAGAAGAUAAACGAACGAAGUUUGAACUGUCAAAAGGAGAUCUUGGUCAAUUCCAAGAAUCAUGCAAAUGAUCUUUGACACGAGCGCAAUUGAGCAAACACAUGGAUUUGCGUUGUUUUUAAGAAGUUGGUGGAUGGAAGCUAGAGAUAUACCCGCGGGUUUGAGGCAAUCCGUGACCUCAUUGGUGUAUAAACUAUGCACUGAUAUGCUUUUUCGGCCCGAUUAACGCCUGCAUUUUGAGAAUUCUUUCGUACAAACUAGUGAAUUUUUGAUAUGCAAACUAAGGUCGAAGAGCAGGGUCUCCUCUGAUCACGCUGGUAUGAAAAAUAUUUCAGCUGAAGUUUCCAUAUUUUGUCUUUGAACUAACUGAAUACACCUUAUAACAUGUAGCAAGAUAGAAUUCCGUGAGCUACAUUGUUGCAGUCGCUGUGCGCUGGACAAAAUCUUUGAAAUUGACACUUUCGAUCGCUGUUCACAGAGGUGGUCUGGCCAAAAAUGAUUUUUGGCUCGUGGCGAAGCAAAAAAAGAGAAUUGGAGAACAACUUAACUAUUUUUGAAACAUGUACUCUAAACCCUUUUCAUGGGCAAAAAAUAAAAGAAAACUUCGAGAAAAAUUGACACUUUCGAUCGCUGUUCACAGAAGUGGUCUGGCCAAAAAUGAUUUUUGGCUCCUGGCGAAGCAAAAAAAGAGAAUUGGAGAACAACUAAACUAUUUUUGAAACAUGUGCCCUAAACCCUUUUCAUGGGCAAAAAAUAAAAGAAAACUUUUUUCCGACGGGAAGUCGAGAGGACCGCUCUUAGCGGGAGCGGCACUUAGGUGUUAUAGAUCGAUAUGGGUCUGGCAAUAUAUUUUUUGGCUUGCUGAAAUACCAAUCCAACUUUAAAACAAUUCAAAUGUUUCACCUACUAUCAGGUUGUUAUUUGGUGCGUGGUAUUUGUAGAAGCCAUUGUGGUGCUGGUGAGAAGGGAGAAUCAUUUUCGAGUAACAAGAUCUCUGCGCCCACUCUUUCUUAUUGACACGCAUUAUUGUUCUGGGGUGAGAAGGUGAGUCUCGUUCUGUAAGUUAAAAUUGAAGUUAAAAUUGUCACUGUGGUUUGUGUAAAUAAAUUUUUUGUUUAUUGUUUCAACCUCAGAGUAUUGACAGGGUCCAAAAAUCUCUCCUGGAAGAAUUUUCCUACUAAAUUCGUGAUCAAUGUUGAAAUAACACCAAUCUCAAAGGUAGAUCUUGGGGAGGGAUCAGUUUUGGGGUUCACUGUUCAAGGGCUACAGAUCAGUUUAUCUUGGGGAUCAUCCUAUAAAGAGUACCCCUCCCAAUCAGGGAAAAUAAAGCUGUAACAUAUCCUGAUAAGAGAGCACUGGGAUUGGUAAUCCACCAAUUCAAGACGUUGGCAGCAAAAUGUCUUUGGCUGUUUUGAACUUCUAUUUUCUGAAAUGACUGUUAUUUCUUCCUGUUGUUUGAAUGAGAUUCAUGCACUCUCUUUUACUUUAAAUUUUUAGGGUUCUCAGACAGAUUUUACUUUCACUUCCCCCAAUCCUGUACAUGCUCUUUCUGCUGUUUUUUAUCAUGGUAAUCUUUGCUAUGUUAGGUAAGAAAUAAGAAAAAAAUUAGUAUUAGAGAAGUAUGCUCCAGAAAUCAGUUGUUAGCUUUUAUGUUGUUCAUUAGAAGGAAUGAUAUAUGAAAGGCACUGGUUACCAAAUUCUGAGAUUGAUUAGAGUUAACUCCAUGAAUUCCUAAAUGAAAUGAUUUGUGAAGAAUUGUUAUCUUGGAGUGUAGAUUGUAGAAGUUGUUUUCUAGUUUACUAAUCAUUCUUAUUACAGUUGAAGAGACAUUUGGCUCAGAUAUAUGAUCUACCAUCUUUUUAACAUUGUUUUAUGAAACAACAUUUCACCAACAGUUUCUGUAAUGGGGCCAACACUGACAUAAAUCAAUGUAACAACACUGUGUUAGAGAAAUUUUUUAUAUUGACGGAACCUCCAAGUGUCUAUUAAAUCUCAAUUCAUUUAUUAAACUUGAAAGCUCGUAAAAAUUGAAGUACAUUAAAUUGAAAAAAGGCAUUACCAUUCAAUAUACACUAAUCAAAAUGUCUUAAACUCAAAAUAGUGGAUUGUUGUCGGUGUAAACAGUGAAGAAGGUGGAGUAGUACAAGUAAUCACGGAACUUCUCAGUUACUGCCCAUUUGAGGGCAAGGAACUCCAAUUUUCCCGCGUGCAUGUGGUAAUUUUUCUCUGCUGGAGUUAGUGUCCUAGAGGCAUAACCUAGAACUCUGAGCUUCCCGUCCUGUUCUUGAUACAAUACAGCUCCAAGUCCCUCUUGCGAGGCGUCUGUGUGAAGUACAAAUGGCUUCGUAAAGUCGGGAAAUGCCAUCACUGGAGGAGAAGUCAGUCGGUCGACCAGCAUGUCAAGCCGCUUCUGAUGUUCCUCUGUCCAUGUUACCUUAUGAUUAUUAGCCAAUCGAUCAGGGCCAGCCAUUAGAUCGUACAGGGGCUUAGCUAUGCGUGAGAAAUCCUGGAUGUAUUGCCUGUAGUAACUCAGGAACCCUAGCAAUUUACGCACAUCACCCACUGUUGCUGGUUUCUGUUUCGCCAAGUUGUGUACGGCAGCCGUGUCCUCUGGGUCUAGAGAGUAGCCAUCGCCGGAAACAACCCGCCCCAAAUAUCUAACUUGUCGUUGGAAGAACUUGCACUUUGAUGGCUUUAACUUUAUCCCAUGUUCCUGCAGUCGACGCAGGACUUGUUGGACAUCCUGAACGUGUUGCUCAAAGGUCUUACUAUACACCAAGACAUCAUCCAGGUAGGGGAUACAGAUGUUGUCACGUAAGCCAUCUAGACAUUCAUUCAUGCACCUUUGGAAUGCCGCCGGUGCAUUCAUUAACCCAAACGGUAUUCUAUUCCAUUGAUACAAUCCCCAGGGGGUCACGAAUGCAGUCAGGGGGCGGCUUUCUUCUGUCAUAAAGCCUUGGUGGUAGGCCUUCCCUUGGUCCAGAACUGUAAACCAUUUGUUGCCGCCUAGGCCAUUUAAGAUAUCCUGUAUACGGGGAAUCGGCUGUCGUUCUGGAUAUGUUUUCUUGUUCAAUUCUCGAUAAUCAAUACAAAGUCGCAGACUUCCAUCCUUUUUUGCGAACACAGACCAUGGGUGAGGAGUAAGCCGAACAGGACUUGCAGAUCCAAUUUCGAUUAAUCAAGUCUUCUAAGUACUCUUUCACUUCCCCAUAGAGUGGCUUGGGGAUGGAGAUAUAGUUCUUCUGUACUGGCUCAUUGUCCUUUAACUGGAGAUCAAGCACCAAGUUCUCCACGCAGCCAACCUCAUCGUCGUUUCUUGCAAAGGCACCAGCUUCUUGCCGUAGCAUUUCGUGGACGAUCAAUUGUUCAUUGUCUUCUAGCUGACUCAAGUCAACUGGUGGCUCCCAUCCAUCUUGUUCCUGACCAGGAUGCAAGGUAGCUUCAGGGUAAAAUCCUCGUCUCCUCGAGAGUACGAGUCGGGAGUAUUUGGAAUUGGUAGAACUGACUUUACCAGGUGUAUCCGGCCCAAUUCUGUUCUGCGCUUUAACAAGAUGUUUCUGUCUGUAUUGUUUUGGACCACGACGGCCACGUGACUAGAGGUUCCCGGGUUAUUUUAGUAAGUUCCUCGCCCAAUUCCAGUCCGUCUGGGAGCUCGCUGUCUUCCUUGGGCUCAAAUAUUACUGGCAUCCCCUCUGGAACUGGUCCGAGGUGAGUUUGACACUUAACUGUCGUUGCCUCUCCUUUUUGGCAGCAUAACAUCUCUCUUUCCGACUUUAACAGCUGCAGUACCGGUAUCCUGUGUUCUUGACUGGAUCAGAUUGAUCAGGGUACCUACGCGAGUAUGAUGAAUUGAAGGGAAUGACUGCUGAAUGAUGUUACUUGCCGCUUGGUGGUUUCCACCAUGUUGAGCGAGGACUUCUUCUAUAACAUUGAAGCCAAUGAUUGGGUACUCUUGUUCCUUUUGUCCCACCAGUACUGGAACUGUCAGCUCAUGAGCAGUUGUAUCAUCUCCAGCCAACUUAAACCCGACCUCAAUCCAACCGUCAAAUGGAAUGUUUGUCCCAUUCAUCGCUUCCAAAUUCAACUCUUCUCCUGCUCCCAACAACUCUUCAACAUUUCUUAACACCUCCAGCGGUAAGUGAGUUUGUUGCCACUUCCUUGACACAACACAAACCUGGGAACCUGUAUCCCAUAAUGCCUCCACUUCCUUUCCUUGAAUUAGGCAUUUUACCACGCACCUCCGUCCCACGAUUUUUGUCAGUCCGAGCUGCUGCCUUGGCGUCAGGUGGUAGGGAAACGUCGUGUUCAAAUCAUCGCCAUCAUCUCCGGCUGCUUUCUGUUUCUCAAGUUCCUGUAUAGCCAUGCAAACUGGUUUAUGCACAGUUCUGUAUUUUACUUGACAUUCUUUUGAAUAAUAUCUAUUGAUCUUACAGGCUCCGCAGCGGUUAAGUGGUACAUGGUCUGUGCUUUGUUUUCCACACUGCACGUAACGGGACUGAUUUUCUUGCCUGGUCACACCCUGUCCCAUGGGCGUGACCUCUGGCCAUUCCCCUGAGAUUCUGCCGGAGAGCGUCGGCUGAAUUGGGCAUUACACUCGCGUACAUAAUGGCCACUCGCCCCACACCUGAAGCAAUGGUUGCACGGCCAUCCAUUCCCACUUUGUUGGCAGGUCCUACACAGUGGGGGUUGUCUCAUAGGCUGUUGUGUGAGGGGGUUUGAGCCCGGAGUGGGGCCCGAACUCUCUCUUUGACUGCGGCCACUUCUGCCUUGAGCUCCCUUAGUUCUUUCAUGAGACCUUCCUCCACCCCAUUAUUCUUUGUCUCCUGCUUGUCCCUCCCUUUUGAACAGCAUUUACCUUGGGGUUAGCUGUGAACCGAAUUUCUGUGAUCGCUCCAGUUCGUCACUGGAACACACAUUUAAUUUCUCGAAUAGUUCUUCAUCGCUUAUAAAUUUCUUUUCCAAGUAAGGCUUCAUUUCGAUCUUGAUAUUCUCACUUUGCAGGCCAAGGGAAAAGCUAUGGACAAACAUGCCAUGUACUAAGGUAGGAUCAUAUUUCAGGUCCGAGUCAGUUUCUUGAGAUGCAAACAAGAUCUUCUGUUUCAAAUCGAGAAGGCGGAUCAAAAAUUCUUGAGGUUUUUCCUUUGGCUGUUGUACAGUUGAGCUCAACUGAUGAUAUAGUUCGGUUGCUGUUCUCUCCUGAUAAUGAGAACGCAUAAUUCUCCUCAAUUUGGCCAGUGUUAAAUCUACCUUACCCUCCAAAUAACUUCUUAGGCUUAACGCCGGAUUUAUCGCUUUUAUCACAGCCUCUUUAAUUUCAUCCUCUGUAUAGUCGUUCUUUAAACCAUUCUCAAUUUGAUGCACUAGCGAGGAAAAACUCAAACGAUCCUUCUGCGACACGUCGCCAAUCUGGCCCGAAAUCUUGAAGUCGCGUUUGAAUUUUGAAAUUGACACCACGGGAUUUUGCUCUAUUUUGACGGUCGCUUUACUAUUUUCAGAAGCUUUCGGCGGUUCCGUUUUCUGUUCCGGUACAAAUUUUCCCUGCAUACUUAGAGACGACGACAACACUUUGAGCUUCUCAUUAUCUAAUUCUUCCGUUUCGAGGUAUUUAUUUAGAGCUCGGAUAAAACCAACCUUCCCUUGCUCUCAGGCGGUACAGUAAUGUUCAGCCCACUACAAACUUCUUUAAGCCUUUCCUCGCUCAAGGAACACAACGCGGCCUGAAUUUCGAUCUGCAGACUCUCGGUAUCCAUCAUACUUCCAAAAAUAAUCUUUCGUACUCACCAAUAGUGCAAUCAGCCGUUCACAAAAGAAAUGCGACACUUUACGUCCAGAUCAGUCCGCCGUCGACAGCAAUCGACCACAACCAACUCGCGCUCGACGAAUCAACCAAGCGUGCCAAUUACUUUGUCCUUCACAACCCAAGGCAGUUCUUCGUCGAUGAUAAGCCUCUUCGGUCGAGUCCUGGCAGGGUCGCCAAUGUUACACACUCAAAUCACCAGAUUAAUUAAACACAAGGUUGUAUUUAUUCGAAAACUUCGAGCACAUGCUUUUCUGUUUUUUUUCCCGACACCCUUUGUGGUUCAUGAACUCAACAAAACAUGUCACGCACUCUACAUAAGUGAUACAGAACUACCCUUGAUUGUACACGUUUAGGUAUAUAAAUCCAAAUAUAAACAAGAUGACAUACCUCUUUCCCCAUUCUAUUACUCUAAUAUUUCAACAAUCCUUCAAUCUAUCUUCUCUUCUGACUACACGUGUAACUCACACGUCUCGUGGCUGAAUGAAACAUAAUGCUAACAAUUCAAAAGCAUGUCACACAAACCAAAGGGUAUUGAAAGUCAUGCAAAUAACCAAAAAUAGCCUUCAUUACAGUUUCCUUAUUGCUUGCAGGGUUCUAUCUGUUUUCUGACAAUGAAAAGGAUCAGGUAAUUUUAUUUAUUUACUAAACCUACUUAUCAAACAUGUUGACAUAUUUGACAGACCAAUUUUCUUUUCCACCAUCACACCUCACUCGCAUGCUAGAUUAUUCAAUUAAAGAAAAGUUAACUGCUUAUUAGACUUCUAGUCUUUCCAAGGACUUCUAUUUAAUUCAGUCUUCUUUUGCAAAUUAGUUUUUCAGCAGCUUUGGGAGAAGCUUCAUCAGCUUAUUUGUGUUACUUACAACAGCAAAGUAGGUGAAAUUAAAUAGUUAUUCAUAAGUUAAGCAAGAAUGAUUUUAGUUCCUUGAAAUAUUCUCCCUCUUAUUAAUUACACUAAAUUUGUGGAUUCUUUUCUACAGUUAUCCUGAUGUAAUGAUGCCAGCAUAUAUCAGAUCACGAUGGUCUGUUAUCUACUUUGCUGUUUACAUUGCAGUUGUUCUUUACUUUCUCAUGAGUCUGGUAAGGUUUCAACACACCACAAUGUUAGUUAGCCAGACCAUAAGUCACUCAUUACUUUGUCAUGACAAAAAGUUUUGUAAUUUUUUUUUCCAAAUUUUGGCCCCAAACAAAAUUAAUUACAUGUAGCCCAUGGUAAACAUACAAUGUUUUCUUGCUUUAACAUUGCAGCUUUUGGCUGUGGUUUAUGAUGACUUUACAAACAUUUUAAAGGAUAAGUUUAAAAAACUCUUUCUUCAUAAAAGGUAAGAAUUUCUGGGGCAAAUCAGUUGAAUUUUGGCUAGUGUCUGCAACCUGAUGGUUUUAGUUAUUAUAAGGAAUUCUAACUACUUCAUGAUGUCAACUCAACACCAUUCACAAUAUUUCUUUCUCUUCCCUCUAUUCUCCUUCUUAAUGGUCCAGGUCAGGGAGGAAAGAAAGAUCUUAAGAAUCUGACGCACUUCAGAGUAACAAAAGUUUCUCAGACUUUAAAUGUGUUUGUUAAAGUCUUGACUGGUAUAGUUUUCUUUUCUCUAAGGAAAGGUAUAAGAAAAGCUUACAAACUUCUCCACGGUGAAAAUGUAAGUUGUUGAUAAGUUAGUUAUGUAUUAUUAGUUUAUUAUUAACAAUGAACUGGUCAGUCAGUCAGUCAAAUAGGUCAUCUUCUGUCUGUCAGUGGAGCAGACAGCCAGGAGACAAGUACCAGUAGGCCAUGAGUCAGUCAGUAAGUUAGGCAUUAGGUUUUCAAUCUAGUGGUCUGUCAGUUUGUCUGAGUUAGUCAAUACCCAAUUUAAUUAAUUCCCUGAAAUAGUCCACUUUCAAAUAACUAUUGUGUCAAACUAAAUUUAACAACUUAGGUCUUGAUUCAAGGCAGGGUCAUUUAUAUGUCAAUUACAAAUUUCCAGGCACAAAAAAAAUAAUCUACCCCUGAGGUAAGAUAAUUUACACUUUUUUUCAUAGCCUCCACAUGGGAUCCCAUGGGAAACUUUUAAAGGCUUGAUGUCACAUUACGACCCCAAAAGGAGUAAGUGCUUUAAUUUACUUAUAAGUAAAAAAUGUGCUCAAAGUGUUUAUUACUUUUUACGAGUUCGCAAUUAACUAUAAUAUUUUGAAUAUUAUUAUCGAUAGUCAGUCAAUAAGAGCCUGGACUAGUCUCAAAUCUUACUCACACACACUAUUGUUGUGGUUUAAAUAUUUUAGAGAAAUAUUAUUAAGGUCAUUAAUCUAAAGAUUGUUACUUUUCCAACAGCUGAUGUGGAGAAUUAUCUUUUUUUUAAGUCACUAAAUGAAAGUAACACUGGACAACUAAGGUAAUGUCCUCUUUCAAAAAUGCAUUAUUUUUAGGUUUUUCUAAAGAUUUGAAUUGGUAAUUUGUUUUUCGGCUUCAUUGUAGUUUAGAAUUUAUUUAGUUUCUACAUCUGGUACCAUUGUAGUUUGACUGUGACUCAAUAUUUAUACUUACUGGUAGUUAUCAACUUUUAUUUUAGCCUGGAUGAAUUUUACAAUGUUUUUGAAAACAGUGAGAUGAGGUGGAAGCGGGUAUGUGUCUAUUAUUUUAUCCAAAGAAAUUGAAGAACAUUUUGAAAAACACAAGUUCAAACCCUGCUAAAACUACUGUAAAAAUCGUGUUAUGAUUUAUCUCACAUGGUUACUGUUGUUGUUUUCUUAAAGGUAACAGAACAUUACAAUCAGUGGUUUAGGUGUUUUAGGUCAUGUACCUGUUUGUACCGCACACUUAAAGGCAAGAUUUAAUAUCCAUGUUCAGUGUAUUUGAAUCGUCUUUUUAGGGCGGUGUUCGAAUUGAGUGUCGUAAAACCAAAACCAGAGUAGCGACAACCACCAAUCAGAAGACAGGAAAAUACUUUAAGAGCAAAUUAGAACUCAAAGUGAAAAGAAGUAAACUGCCUAAAGCGCGGGAAAACGCGGGUGACCAUGUCGUGAUUGGUUUUAGUUUUGAAUCUGAUUGGUUGAGGAAGUAGUGGAAGUCUUCCGGACCAAUCACUGAACGAAAGAAAGCAAAACCAAAGAAAUUCCGAAUUACUUUCGACACUCAAUUCAAAAUUGCUAUAUAAGUGGGAAUUAAUUGUCCAGCCAAGACAGGGAGGAUAACGACUGUGUAAACACUUAUUUUUACCUCUGGUUCCUUUGGCCUCGGAUAUCUCAGAAAUUAUAUCUUUCUUUUGUAAAAUAGAGAAUUGUGAGCAGUUGGCAGGAAGUUAUUCAUGUAAACUUUUCUGACUUGGAAUUCUCUUAAAUCUCCUCAUCCACUUCUAGUGGCCUUUUUGACAGUCUUUUCAAAAAAUUGUGCUUGAAAUUUUUCAAACUCUUUUUCUGUAUAUCUCCCUGGAUAUUUUAAAGGGUGUUUUGUUUGUAACACUGUGGGAGCUUGUUAAGAAAGAUCCUUGAAGAUUUUAAACCUACAAACCCAUUCCUAAAUAACUAAAACCAUUGAAAAUAGUUCAAAGUCUUAGAAAAGUUUCGAGAAUUCUUGGAAAGUGAACGAUUUGUUAUGACCAGUCCAGAAACAACCAAGUCACGAAAUUCAUGCGAUCAGCAUAGUUAAAAGGCUUCCUCCGCUUGAUUGCUAUAGCUUGCAAAACCCCAAGUUGGUGACAAAUGCCAAUUAGUGAUUAUUGUCUUAUCGAAACUUAGAUGUGUUAAUUCGUCCUGAUACAAAAGUCUCAUUUCUUUUCACAGGUAUUCGCUGGCUCAUAUCACAGAAAGCUUUUGAAUUUGUUAUCUGUAAGUCUCUUUGAAUCUUUGCUGCUAAAUUGUAGAAUUGCAUUUCACUUGAAUUUAGCAAAUUCACUUACACUUUGGAAUAUUGUCUUGUAAUUUCCAGACAUUUCAAGAGCUGAAACGUAAAGAAAUUAACUCAAACGUUUUUAGAGGCCUUGUCGUAAUAGCUAAGCUUCAUUAAUUAGACCUAUGAACAAACAUUUAUUGGCCUUGAACUCCACUUUCAGGUAAUGCUUAGCUACUCUUCAUGUUACAUUCAGAUCAUUAAUUUCUGCUUUAAAUAAUCGUCUUUGAAAUUUUCUUCUUUAACAGACGCAAUUAUUAUUACAAAUGGGAUUUCAGUUGUUGUGGAUAUCAUUGUGUUUUCCAGUAAGUUAUUUUUUUCUCUUUGAUCUUAAGCUUAUCCAAUUAUGUCGUUAAAAAAUCUGUUUAGAAUUGAAGUGUCUCAUUACACCACGCAACGAGGCGGCGGCCUAUCAAAACUGGAGGCAAUUUCUCUUGACCGGUCUUGUGACUAGUACCAAAAGCGGGAAAAACGCCCGUGAAAAAGCCGCGGCGCGUGUUGGGUUGGCUUCUGAUUGGCUAAAAUAGUGGAGUGAGUUUUGUGAGCCAAUUAGAUAACGCGGGGCACUUACCCAAAUAAAGAAAUUCUGUGCAUCCGUGCAUAGAUGAUAUUUGUUCUGACCGAAAAAUAUGUUGAGCGUUCCAUGCGAAAGAUUUUAUUUACUCUUUAUUUGCAGACACUCCUCAAAAUGAAAGGCAAAAGAAGAUUAGAGAGCUCCAUUGGUACCAUAUAGUCUUCAUUUGUAGUGAGUUGAUUCAUCGAUGUGACAUGUAUUUUUCCCUAAAUUCUUUUUUCUGAUACGAUGCAUAGCUCGAUUUAUCUUUGUAAAAGUUUCUAAGUUGGUUCCGUUUUGGAUUUAAAUUAUUUGGGCUGUUUUUAAAGACUCUUUCAGAUAUUUGCAAUGUAACUUUAAUGUUUCCAGUUUAUGCAACAGAAGCCUUGCUCAAACUCCUUGGUCUUGGUUUAAGGGAAUAUUUCCUGUCUGGCUGGAAUAUGUGAGUAUUUAAGAAUGGAGUUUAAGUUAUGCUUUCUUGUGUUGCAGUUAAGGCUAUCGUUUCUGUCUUUGUAGAAUUUUUGUAGAUUCUGACUUGGAACUAAUUUUUGCUCAACGCGGCGCAGUCGCUGAAACUAUGAACAACCGUGAAUAUCGACACUGGUUGCAUUUCGCAUUUGCAUUUUGUGUGUAUUAAGUGAACAGGCAUUGAAGGAUAGAUACAUUGCAGAUGUUUGUUUGUUUGUCUUUUUGCGGGAAAAAACUUUGAAAUAUGUCAAACUGUUAUUUACAUAUUACAACAGCGCUAGCUGUUAGCCAAAGAAAGUAAAUAUGUUUUAGAAGAGUUUUCCCCGAAUUCAAAUCAUUAAUCUGGGAUUAAUUGUCGGUAUCUGAGCAACUGUACAUGUGCACCUACCCCUCAACAUUAACUCAACAUUAACCUUCGCUCAGUUGUUAUCAGUUGACUGUUGUCGAGUUAGGGGAGGGGUGGGUGUGCAGUUGUUUAAUAACUGACGUUGAUCCAUUAACUUCCUUAUCGUGAAUUAAACGCUUCUAUGGUUACGCUAUCUUACAGAUUCGACUUCUCUGUAACUGUGGCUGGUUUUAUUGGUGCAGUUUCAACAUCUUUCAGUUUUGUCGUCUGUGUGAGACCCUUGAGACUUUUGCUGUAAGUAUUCAGUUCUUUUUAAAAAAUCUUAUUGAGUUUUUCAUAUUACUAAAGCAAUUAAUAUUCCUUGCAGACUUUUUAAAGUGAAACAAAUAUACCGUGACUUGUUUGAGACAAUAGGUGUCUUGUUACCUCGAAUGGCCAGGUAAUACGUUCUUGUUCCAGUGGAAUUGUUCAUUGUUAAGUAGGCGUUGCACUGUUGCUGAAAGUUUAUUCAUGGCUGAGCGUGAGAAUGACAGUUUGUCACGCAACGUCUUAACGUUACUCACAAGAAACGAUUUUUCUCUCAGGGUUGCCGUCGUCAUUCUGUUGAUGUACUACUCGUUUGGAAUAAUUGGAAUAGAAUGCUUCUCUGGACUCGAACUAAAGAAUUGUUGUGUGUAA